UGUAAUUUGAUAUUUAUUGAUAAAUAUGAGUAGUGGGUCCAACAGAAUGGAUCCCAACCUUACCGGUUUAUGGGUUAAUUUCUUUACGGCUGCUGGUAUACCGUCAGAGGUGGCAGCUACGUAUGCCCUCACGUUCACAGAAAACAGAAUCCAGAACGACAUGCUUCUGGAUCUAAAUAAGGAAUACCUCAGAGACAUGGGUAUCACGAGAAUGGGUGAUAUAAUUGCUAUACUAAGGCACGCCAAGCAAGUCCAUGAAAGUACAGCAAGGGAUCGAGUGCUGAGCACUGCAACGGUUAACAAUAAAGUACCAGUAGCUGCAGUGACUGGCCGCUCCACAGUGGCUCAACCAUCUUCUCCAGCAAGUCGCAUUUUGGAGCACUACACUCGAAACUCGCAGGUGCAGGAAACUUCGCCAGUGAGCGCUGCACCGCAAAAGAGAAAAUCAAAUGAAAUGGUUACGGAUGACUGUAAUAUAAAGCAAGCUCGUCUCAUCCGUUUUGGUAGUCCUCCAAAGGCUACCAAAGUAGAAAAAGAAGCGCAACAAAACAAAACAGUAUUCGCCCGCCUAGGUAACUCGGAACCCGUAAAAGCAGUACCACAAAAAGCAGUGAACAAACAGGUAUUCUCCAGGCUUGGGAACAAGGACUUGGAAAAAGAUCAAAUCGUUCCUAUUCAGAAAGAUGCUUUGAAAUAUGAGGGUAUAUUGAAAAGUGCUCCGCCUACAAAGAAAGUAUUUACAGUAACCACAUCGAUAAAUAAUGUACGAAAGAUAGCAGUCGGUACUAUGAGGGCUGAUGAGGCCCCAGUCAGCGUUAAAGAAAAAUUAGCGCUUGUGAAAACAAAAUCAGUAAAAUUCUCAAAUCAUGUACAAUAUAAGGAAAUUGAGCCAAGUAAGAAAAUUGUUCCAAAGCAAAAGUUCACCCCUGUCUUCAAUAAGCCAGAAAGGCGGCUAUCUAUGCCCGAGACUAACAGCGUCAAAGCUAGGCUCGGUUUAAAGGACAAAAGUCAGGAAAAAAAUAAUUUGACUAUAACCAGGAACGUCUUUAAUAGAUUAGGUGUUUGAAGUUUUGUCUUGCGAGUUGUGUGGUAAUUUUUGUGGUUUUAAAUUUGAAAGAUGUAGAAGUAAUCUACAAUUUAUGAUAUAAUUAAAGCGAUAUCUUUGACAGUUGUGAAAGGAUGGACUAAAAGCGACGGUGUAAGUGUAUUUAAUUCCAAAGUUAGCUACAUAUGGUGAAAUACAGUUAGUGAUUUCAAAGAAAUUUGCCAUCGCUGCCGAGUUGGUUUUGACAAAUUCUUACGUUGUGUUAUAUUAUUAAUGUCUGAAACUGAACAGAUUUGUUCCACAUUUAUACAUUAACUAAUUAACGCCAUCAUUUGAUUCCAUGAUUUCAUCAAGUUUUACUACAAAAUAAAUAAAAUAAAGCUUCCAUAUAAUUCAA